AUGGCGCAGAAUCAGCAAAGGACGGAGGCAGCUAUUAUGCAAAAUCAGCAAAAGACGGACUCCGAGAUGCAGGACAUAAGGAAUCAGAUAGGUCAAUUGGCCACCAGAAUGAACCGUUGGGAGUCCCAGAACCAAGGGAAGCUGCCAUCUCAACCGGAGCUGAAUCCGAAGAACGUGAGCGCAAUGAUCCUAAGGAGUGGGAAAGAAAUUCAGGGGCCUGAACCUGUGUUUCCCAAUGACAAGGAUGAAGAGAAGAUCGAAAAUGAGCUCGAAAGGGAGGAUAGCAAUGGUGCAGAUCCAAAGGUACUUCCUGACCCAAUAAUUAAAGUUAAAGCUAACCCGCCUCCUUUUCCUAGCAGGUUGGAAAAAUCAAAGAAGCAGGAUAAGGAGAAGGAGAUUUUAGAGGUUUUUCGCAAGGUUGAGAUAAAUAUCCCCCUCUUAGACGCCAUCAAACAAGUACCAAAGUAUGCCAAGUUCCUAAGGGACUUGUGUGUCAACCGAAGGCGGUUGAGGGGAGAUGAACGGGUCAUAGUUGGGGAAAAUGUACUAGAAGAGGAUGCCAAACCUGUACGGCAGGCUCAAAGGAGGCUCAAUCCCCUCAUGAUGGAAGUUGUAAAGAAAGAGAUUCUAAAAUUGCUAGAUGUGGGGAUCAUCUUUGCAAUAUCUGAUAGCCCUUGGGUGAGUUCGGUCCAGGUAGUCCCAAAGAAGGCAGGAGUAACGGUAGAAGCCAACCAAACGGGUGAGCUCAUGCCAGUGCGCAAACCCACGGGAUGGAGGCAGUGUAUAGACUACCGUAGGCUGAACGCCGUCACUAAAAAGGACCACUUCCCUCUCCCUUUCAUUGACCAAAUGGUUGAACGUUUAGCUGGUAGGGCUUAUUAUUGUUUUUUGGAUGGAUUUUCAGGAUACUUUCAGAUAGCAAUUGCCCCGGAGGAUCAAGAGAAGACAACCUUCACGUGCCCGUUCGGGACCUUUGCCUACAGACGAAUGCCAUUUGGGUUGUGCAAUGCACCUGCGACUUUCCAAAGAUGUAUGGUAAGCAUCUUUUCCGAGUAUGUUGAGAAAAUAAUAGAAGUUUUCAUGGAUGAUUUCAGUGUGUAUGGUGAUAGUUUUGAUACUUGUCUAGAUAACCUGAAAUUAAUCCUGAUAAGGUGUAUAGAGACUAAUCUUGUGCUUAAUUGGGAAAAAUGUCAUUUUAUGGUUGAGCACGGGAUAGUCCUGGGUCAUAUUGUAUCGUCUAAGGGCAUAGAAGUUGACAAGGCUAAAAUAGACAUUAUUUCUGCAUUACCUUACCCCGCGAGUGUGCGGGAGGUGCGCUCUUUUCUUGGACAUGCAGGUUUUUAUCGAAGGUUCAUCAAGGAUUUUUCAAAGAUUGGAGCCCCGUUGUUCCAACUCCUACAAAAAGAUGUAGCCUUCGAAUUUGAUGAUAAGUGUGAGAGAGCCUUUAACAAGCUGAAGGAAUUGCUGACUUCACCCCCAAUCAUCCAACCCCCCGAUUGGAAUUUGCCAUUUGAGAUCAUGUGCGAUGCCAGUGAUCACGCUGUUGGGGCUGUAUUGGGGCAAAGAGUAGGGAAGGCAGCUCACGUCAUCUAUUAUGCAUCCCGGGCAUUGAAUGGAGCCCAGUUGAAUUACUCCACCACUGAGAAGGAGUUUCUUGCAGUUAUUUUUGCUUUAGAAAAAUUCAGGUCAUAUUUGCUAGGUGCUAAAGUAAUUGUAUUUUCUGACCAUGCAGCAUUAAGGUACCUAAUGACCAAGAAAGAUGCAAAGCCGAGGCUCAUCAGGUGGAUAUUGCUACUACAGGAAUUUGACCUGGAGAUAAGAGACAAAAAAGGCUCAGAAAAUCUAGUAGCGGACCAUUUGAGUCGCAUACUAGUUGAAGAGGAUAGCGAGCCAUUGAAGGAUGCAUUCCCCGAAGAACACCUAUUUUCCUUAAAUUCUCAGUUGCCUUGGUAUGCUGAUUUGGUCAAUUAUUUGGUAACUGGUAAUUUUCCUGCAGGUUGGCCGAAAUCGAAGAGGGAUAAAUUGAAGAGCGAUGCCAAGUAUUUCAUCUGGGACGACCCGUACCUAUGGAAGAGAUGUGCAGAUCAAGUCAUGAGGAGAUGUGUAAGUGAACCUCAGACCAAUGGUCAGGCGGAGGUGUCGAAUCGGGAGAUUAAGUCCAUUUUAGAGAAAAUGGUGCGCCCUGAUAGGAAAGACUGGAGCCAAAGGUUGGAAGAUGCACUAUGGGCCUAUCGGACGGCGUACAAGACUCCUAUAGGGAUGUCACCGUACAGGUUGGUAUUUGGGAAGCCGUGUCACCUUCCAGUGGAGUUUGAGCACAAGGCUUUUUGGGCGAUAAAGCAAUGCAAUAUGAAUUUAGAGGAGGCCGGUGCUCAACGGAAGCUGGAUUUGCAAGAGUUGGAGGAGAUCCGGAACGAAGCAUACGAAAACGCCUUGAUUUAUAAGGAGAAAAGCCGGGCAUUUCAUGACCAAAGAAUUUCACAAAAAACAUUUGAGGUUGGUCAGAAGGUUCUCCUGUACCAAUCCAGGCUCAAGUUGUUCCCAGGUAAGCUACGUUCCCGUUGGAUUGGACCUUUCAUUGUUACUCACGUUUUUCCAUAUGGUGCAGUUGAGAUCCGGAGUACUAAGACAGACAACCAAUUUGUGGUGAAUGGACACCGGCUCAAGUAUUAUUACGAAGGAUUUUCAGGUGGAGAGGGGGAGACAAUAAGGUAUCCUGCCCUCUUGACGUGCCCGCGUGGUGAUGUGCAGGACGCUCACGAUCAGGAAAUUCUGAAACUUCUGGGAGCUAUCCUGCCCUCUUGA